AUCCAACCUUAUUUGUAUUAUUUCCGCUCGAGAAGGCUGCAUUCGCAUAAAGCUGCAUGCUUUGAAGCAUUCCAUGGAUCAUUUGCAGCUGUGAUCCGAAAAAAAAAUGCUCUUCCCAUCAACAUUGGUUGUUACACCACUUUCACGUCUGCACGGUAAAUUUUUAUUUAUCCCAUACCAAAAUGCGAAAUAUAUGUUGACCAUACGAUACAUUUACGUUAAAGUACCCUCAUUAUGGUUAUCUCCGUUAUUUGCUAAAUUACACACGAAUAAUUCAACGUGAGGAUAAUGAAUUGCUG